AUGAGCUCUAACGGGUCCAUGUAUAUCAAUGCCAACGCCGCGACAGAGCGCCUCGAUGACAUUGAUACCUCUGCUAUUAGAAACUUCCAUCGAGCACUACCCAACUACGCUCCAACUCCCCUACUUGCUCUACCGGAACUAGCACACGAACUCGGCAUUCGAGCUGUCUUCGUCAAAGAUGAGAGCAACCGUUUUGGACUGCCCUCGUUCAAAGUUCUAGGCGCAUCAUGGGGCUGUUUUUGUGCGCUCACCCGCCAUCUCGGUCUACCAGCUUCUGCAGAUCUACUGGAUGUCUCGGCGAAAGCAGUCUCCCGUAAGCUCAGCCUUGUUGCCGCAACCGAGGGCAAUCAUGGAAGAGCGGUCGCUUUUAUGGCCCGCGUCCUGCGCAUUCCUGCUAGGAUCCAUGUGCCCUAUUCAAUGAAUGCACAGACGCGAGAUCUUAUCGCAAGUGAAGGAGCAUUCAUAGCACGUUCCCGCGGCGACUAUGACGAUGCCGUGAGUGAGGCAUUUAGCCACGCCGAGGAGUCCUCCGGCGCCCUGUUCAUUCAAGACACUGCUUUCGAGGGCUACACAGAUGUUCCAAGGUGGAUUGUACAGGGAUAUUCGACCAUGCUGAAGGAGAUUGACGAGCAACUUGCCCAAGUUGAGGUCGAGGCAGAUCUCAUGGUCUCUCCCGUGGGAGUUGGAAGUCUGGCUCACGCGGUUGUCCAGCACUGCAAAUCAAGGAAGAAACCAGUCAGGGUCGCUACCGUCGAGCCGGAUUCUGCGCCGUGUCUUCUGAGGAGUUUGCAAGCCGGCGCACCUGUCACAGUUAAAACGAAUGACACCAUCAUGGACGGAAUGAACUGCGGCACUGUAUCCAUGACUGCGUGGGCAGAUCUCCAUCGUCUUGUGGAUGUCGCGGUCACCGUCUCUUCGUAUGAGAGUCAUGAGGCCGUCGACUUUCUUGCUGGUGAACACAUUCUCACGGGGCCUUGUGGAGGUGCGUCAUUGGCUGCAUUGCGCCGCUUUCAAGCUCAGCCAAGUACGUCCUCGCUGCUCGGUGAGGCCUCCGUUGUUGUCCUUCUGAGUACUGAAGGCUCCCGCGAGUACAUUGCGCCAUCGAAGUAG